AGAACCUUAAGUCCCAUUGUUGUCCGUUGUCAUGACUUUGUUCUUAUACAUUCCGUUCUUGGACAAAGGAAAAACGUGGAAUUUUUUAGCUCACUCUCUUCCUAACAAAAGUGGAGGAGGGAUAGUUAGGACUGAACGUUAAGAAUGGAUCAACCUAUGACCAGCAAGGAGGCACUUGGUGCUUGGAAGGCUGUCCCGAAGAAACAGGACGGAGCUGAGAAGCACAUAUCGGCAGAGAAGGUGAUCAUGACAGAGGUGGAAAGUCUGCUUCAGGAAGGACUCGACAAGCUUGAGGCUGAAGAGGAGACCAAGGCUGAAGAGGAGAACGAGUCUGGAGAGGAGACCGAGUCUGGAGAGGAGACCGAAUCUGGAGAGGAGACCGAGGAAGAAAAAGAAAGUCCAAAUGGGAUGGAAGAACGAGAGGAGCCCUUAGAGGAGGAGAGCCUCAUGGAAGGAAAGGAGGAAAAGGAGGAGAAGGAGAGUCCCAGAAUGGAAGAGGAUGCCAAAGAGAUGGCGGCACUGGAAGAAGAGGCGAAAGACACGUUCACUAUUGAAAAGAAGACCUUGAGGCCACCUCAAGAAUUAUGGGAUAAAUGCAGAAAGAAAUUAAUUGGUGACGUGGAUGUUAUCAAUGACAGUGUAAGCGGAGCGAGGAGGAGGUUGUCUACUCAUCCUCUCUCCUACUUCACCAGCCUAGGAAAGGUCUUCCACCAUCCAGAAGUUCCUGAUGCUGCCCAGGAGGAGAAGAAAACGCUAGUUGAGGAGGUGGAACCCAAGCCACGGAAAUAUCGACCAAUGUUAGCCCGGCUGUUUACUUUCAUUCCCCAUGAGGGCAAACCGAAAGCAGUCCUGAGAAAGCCGACCAUGCUUCUGGGAGAGAGCAUCUCAAGGUCCUCCAAGGUCAUAAGUGAGAAGUGCAGCCAUGACAACACACAGGAUAAGGUCGAUUCGGAUGGGGCCGGGGUGACUGAGCCCGAAGGUGACACUUCAAGGAGCCCCAAGAGCCCUGAGUCUAAACCAGAAGCGGGAAGUUCUGGACCCAAAAAGCAGGAGCUGCCUCAACGGGCUGGAGCUGCUGCCCGUACUGAGAAACUCAAGGACGACUCCUAUGCUUCCUAUCCAGGCAUUACCAGUUCCAUCUGGAGCAUGGGGCAACAAAUCACCCACUGGAAGAUGGCCCACGGCCGUGGCUACCAUGCCGGACAGCUCACUCAGGACAAGAUCUACAAGUACAGACUUCUGAAGCACGAGCGGGACACCAAGGCUGCUGUCCCUCUGCCUCUGCAGGGAUUGAUGGAGGAAGAGGUCUACACCAUUUUAAAGGCUGUUUUACACGACUACCAAAAAAAGCUGGGAGUGCACCACCCGCUCACAAUUCAAGUGGAAGAUGCGAUGGACCACCUCCACCUCCAACUCACGGCAAGAGGAACCAUAUGAGGACAGUAUCCCCCGUCCCACCCCCAAAGAACCCGAAACAAGAGGGGCAAAUAUAGAUCUGUUUAUUGAAUUAUA